AUGCCUGAACGUAAGACUUAUCUACUACUGGGCGUAACAAUCGACACAGGUGCGACUUGCCUCAAGACUAUGCCUUAUGAUAAUGCACACGCCAUUCCAUCGUGCGACAUGCUGUCUUCCGCGCGCGAGCCUCACGCAGAAAUGGGAAGCUUGGCUGAUAGCGACGACGAACCUGACACCCUCACGGCGUACGGCGACAUCUCCCUCACUGCGGACUACGAGGCACCGGCUCCCAGCCUAGCAAAGCCCUCCCUGCGCCCUAAACGCCGUCGCCCGCCCGCCCCGAGCAAACUUCGUAAGGCCCAACGAUAUGACUCUGAGGCGAUACGGCUCUCCCAGACAGUCCUGUCGCAAACCCGCACAAAACCCGAUGCCCUCAUCUCGGACGCCGAUGAUCUCGAUGCUCUGAUUCGCACUUUUGAGCAGGCACGUAUGUCGCGGCCGAAGGCGCCACAAGAGCAGGAGAAUGAUCCCCCCUGGACUAAGCAUGCAAGCAGCAAUGGGAAGACACAGGGUCCGUCAACUGCAAGUGUCCGGCAACCGUUCGCAAUACAUAACGGACGCAGCAACUUGGUAAAUUCCGCAUGCCACAACGGCUACACGAGAUGA